GAUACAUUUGGAACCAAGUUUUACUUUCGUCUGCUGUCUGACUGCCGGGUCGUCUUGAAACAGCUUCCAUCGGGCUUAAUUUACACAGUGUUGCGUACUGCCUGUCAGGCACACUGAAGCAGUAUCAUGAAUGUGUUGAGCUGGUUUAGAAAGGAUCAAGUUCAGAGGAGUACAGAGGAUCAAGGGUGCAACAUGGAGACAGUCGAUGAACUGUUGAGAGAAUACCAGAGGAGUUGUACCCCAGAACAAAUGGGAAAAAUGCUUGAGAAAAUCCAAUCACAGAACUCAGUUCAGCAUAAAUUAGUGCAAAAGCUAUUAUUUGAAAGAAAUCAUAUCAUAAGGAUUAACAAGGAACUGAGUAUGAAAAACAGUGAACUUGAGAGAAUAUUGGAAAGGCAGCAGUGUGAGAUGAACAGACUGAAGCAGGAGACUGGCUAUGGGCAGACAGGCUAUGGUGGUUUUGGUUAUGGAGCAGACAGAGCCAGCUACAAUGGAGGAGAUGUAAUGACACCCUGGCAGACCAGUGUUGAUCCAUCUCGGAUGGCAAAUCAGAGGAUCCCAGACCAUCUUAAACGAAGAAAGUUGCAGAAAGUGUAUGUGUACCUGUACAGCCCCCAACGUGAGCAGAUUCCCCCUGUCAGUGACAUCACGUCACGCAUCGGAGAAGAGCUUCUUCAAAGGGACAUAGAACUUAUUCCAGAAACGAUCGACGAGACCCCGGUACCAGAACAAGCCAGACCAGCUAUAUUGCUUUGUGUUAAUGUCUCCAGACUGGGCACGGAUGUCUCCAAUGCCCUGAAAGAUGUCAGGGCGAGUGAGGAUGUGGCUGUUGUUGUUCUCCAUCACAAAGACAUCCAUGUUCUGCCUAAACUGUCCAGCGAGAAGAGUUUGACAGGGUCCGAGUUCCAGGAGCUUGGUGCCAUUGUAGAUAUGGCCUUCUGGAAGGAGAAGGGGUUGCACCAGUGUGAUAUCAACCAGACUGCUAUCAUGAAACUUGCAGACUUUCUUGCAGACUAUGCCAUUGCAUAAAGAAAAAGGUGAAGGGCAGAUCAUGUUAAACAGCAACAGUCGGAUGCUGAAACAUCAGAUGCACAGAGUCUCACCACUGCCUGUUGAAGCCCUGUCUGGUAACCAUGGUCACAUGUUGGAGUCACAGUCACUGCGAUGCUUUAAUUUCUUACUACUGACUGACAAAGGGUUGUCUGGUAACCAUGGUAACAUCUGUUGUUGAAGAUGUUCCUGUAGUGCUGCAAUGCCAUACUUCCUCUUUCUAGGGAGGUGAUACAUACGAUGCCUUGCUUUUACAUGUAGAGCCUUGAGUAGAUUUGCAAAAUAGAAGCAUGACUAUUUGCCUUGACGUCCUGUUUCAUGGUAACCAUAAAGUAAUACAUACCAAAAUGAGGGUGCUGUUUUGUCAGCUAUGUCAAGACACCAAAGACAUUGGGAGUGUGUGUGUGUGUGUUAAAGUAUCGGAGGUUUUGUGUUUUAUUGAUACAUUUGCCCAUGGUGUGUGCUCAUUUUGAUUAUGUCUUUUUUGUUUAUGCAUAGAAACAAAUGAGACCUUAGGAUAUAGACAACAUAAUCCUGAAAAUAUACUGAGGGACAAAAAUAGGGGAUCACAUGAAAGCACAAGUGUUCCUUUAUUUCUUUCCAGAUUUCUUCACAAACUAUGCGAUACAACGCUUGUGAAGAAACCUGGAAACACAUAAAGGAACACUUGUGUUUUCAUAUGAUCCCUUAUUUUUUUCCCUCAGUAUAUAUGGUCCCAACCAAGCAUCCUUCUCACAUCAGUACCCUAUUUAUCUGGAUUAAAUAUUGUCACAUGUUCUUAUUGAAUGUUCAACCAGGUGUCAGUGCUCUGUCAAGGUGUACUAUCAGUAGUAUGUUUUUGAGGAUGUAAAUGUAUUUCACAUGAAAAUGUCAGUAAUAGAUGGAGAACAAGCAACGGUAUGGGAUAUCAAAGUACAUUUGCAACAACAGAGGGCAAUGCAAAGACAACCCUACUAUUAUUAAAUAUGUUCCUUAUAUCCCUUUUAUUGUGCAUUUUCAUGCGUUUCAGUAUAGUUCUGUUACAUUUCUAUAUAUUUCUUAGAAUGCAGCCAAAUCCCUGAAUCCCAUGAACAGUACAAUUGAGAUAAGUGAAGAGUUACUGCUCAUGGAGGCCAAACAUGCUGGGCCUGGUGUGUGUAGAUCUUCAAGCAGCUGAAGCAGUACUGCUGGAUAAAGUCAUUUCUGGGAAAUAACACAGGAUCAUGUGACAUAUUGUAUCUGCUAAUGGAUAAGGGCCUUUGUCAGCACACUAGCUUGGACUUGAACCUUAAACUGUGGCUCUAACAGGCACUAGAGCCUUUGUCAGUGCGCAAGCUGGGACUUGAACCUAUAACUGUGCUCUCACAGGGACUAGAGCCUUUGUCAGUGCGCAAGCUGGCACUUGAGCCUGUAACUGUGCUCUCACAGGGACUAGAGCCUUUGUCAGUGCGCUAGCUGGGACUUGAACCUAUAACUGUGCUCUCACAGGGACUAGAGCCUUUGUCAGUGCUCUAGCUGGGACUUGAACCUCUAACUGUGCUCUCACAGGGACUAGAGCCUUUGUCAGUGCGCUAGCUUGGACUUGAACCUAUAACUGUGCUCUCACUGGGACUAGAGCCUUUGUCAGUGCGCUAGCUGGGACUUGAACCUAUAACUGUGCUCUCACUGGGACUAGAGCCUUUGUCAGUGCUCUAGCUGGGACUUGAACCUGUAACUGUGCUCUCACUGGAACUAGAACCUUUGUCAGAGCGCAAGCUGGGACUUGAACCUAUAACUGUGCUCUAGCUGGGACUUGAACCUAUAACUGUGCUCUCACAGGGACUAGAGCCUUUGUUAGUGCGCUAGCUGGGACUUGUACCUAUAACUGUGCUCUCACAGGGACUAGCCUUUGUUAGUGCUCUGGCUGGGACUUGAGCCUGUAACUGUGUGCUAGCUGGGACUUGAACCUAUAACUGUGCUCUCACUGGGGCUAGAGCCUUUGUCAGUACGCUAGCUGGGACUUGGAACCUAUAACUGUGCUCUCACUGGGGCUAGAGCCUUUGUCAUUGCGCUAGCUGGGACUUGAACCUAUAACUGUGCUCUCACUGGGACUAGAGCCUUUGUCAGUGCUCUAGCUGGGACUUGGAACCUAUAACUGUGCUCUCACAGGGACUAGAGCCUUUGUUAGUGCGCUAGCUGGGACUUGAGCCUGUAACUGUGCUGUCACUGGGACUUUAACCUAUAACUGCUCUCACAGGGACUAGAGCCUUUGUUAGUGCUCUGGCUGGGACUUGAGCCUGUAACUGCAGUCACUGGGACUAGUACCUUUGUGCUCAAGCUGCAACUAGAGCCUGUAACUGUGCUUUCAUAGGGACUAGAGCCUUUGUCUGUGCUCAAGUUGUGACUAGAGCCUUUGCCUGCACACAAAUUAUUAUAAGUGCUUUUACUAUAGGGAGAGUCUUUAGCUGUGCUUAAGCUGGGACAAGAGCCUUUAGCCAUGCUCAAGUCAGGGCUGAAGUUAUUAGCAGUGCUCUAACUGGGAGUAGAGUCUUUAGCAGUGCUUAUGCUGGGACAUGAGCGUUUAGCCAUGCAUUGUUUUACAGGACAAUAUCUUUGUAAAUAAAUGUUUAUUUUCAAAUUCUGUCCAUAAAUAUAUUGAUAAUGUUCAUAAUGUUUUUUAUGUUGUAUAUGUCAUCAACAGCAUAACAACUCUAUUUUGUUUGUUCCCAUCAGGAAUGAUUCAUAAUGUGAUGUAAUAUAUUGGAUGGUUGCUAACAUUGUUAUUGUUAAGAUGGAGGUGUCACAUUCAUGGUGCUAUGAUAGGAAUAAACCUUGAAAAUACCACCUUGUAAUAUUUCUGUAGAUAGUGACAUUGUUGAUGUCAAAUGUGGACACAUAUUAUUAUUGAUAUCAUCAAGAUUCAGUUUUAUGUCCAUUGUCACCUUUUUUGUGAUCUAAAGAACUUUGAUGAUACUGUAAAAACUUUUUUACUUAGUUCUUUGAUAUUCUUUUAGUUAAUCUAUCAUGGCAUGAGAGACUAAUUGUAAUGAUAUGACAGAAAUUAGUGUUCUUCCUUUGUUUGGUGUUUUAGUAAUUUAUAUUAUGUUGAUAAUGUUUCAUUUGAUUACAGUCAUGACAAUGUCAUCCAGUUAUGACUGUAAAAACUCAAAACUGAUCAGUUCCCAAAUUAAAAAUAUUAAUUUAUAGUCAGUAGGUUUAUGAGUUAAUUGACAGAUGUUUGAGUGAUGUCAUUCCGGUUUGAAUGCAUCAACAAUUAUCUGAGCAAUAUAUUUUUCUCAGUUAAAGAAGAUGCAGUCUAUGGCGUAUAGUUGCUGAAAAACCCUAUCCAUAAUAUUGUUACAUGUGCUGUACUUCAUAACAUGGGCCAGGGGGAACAUUUCUGUAUAUCUGAUGUACCAGUACACAUAUAUAAUCUAUUGUUGUUAUAUAACUUAAGGAUAUGUAGAAGUAAAUGAAACUGGCAUGUUAUGUCAUGUUUGUCCGCUUACAUGAUCACACAAUCACAUCUUGUUUAGGUUGGAACUGUAUCCUCACUUAGUAGAUAAUCUUCUGAUCAAUUGGGCAACAUGGUAGCCGAGUGGUACAACAUUCACUAGUCAUGCCAAUGGUCCGAGUUCAAUUCCCCACAUGGGUACAAUGUGUUAAGCCCAUUUCUGGUUUUCCCAUUGUGAUAUUGCGUGACAUUGUGUAAAAAUAGCAUAAAACCAUAUCAUUCACUCUAAAGAAUCAUUCAGUUUCAUUACCCUCAUUCCAUGCGGGGUGCUGGGGUUGUCCAUAGUGAGAGGUUAAAGUAUUGGUUCAACAGGCUGUGCUUGGAUAUCCCACAAGGGUAGUCUUACUUUAACAUGUGAAGUCCAUCUGUGAUAACCCAUCAUGAUAUAGGUGAAAUAUUGCUUGUAAAGGCAUGAUAUCAAACUGUCAUGAAAAGCAGCUAUAUCUAAGUAUUUUGACUUUUAAAGUGAAAGAUUACUAAAA